AUGCAACUUUCAACUAUUAUGAGCGCUGUGUUGCUCCUCACUCUGACCAUCCUCGGUGUACAGAUAGCUAAGUUAUGGCGAAACUAUACGCACGCAAAGAAGACGGGGCUUCCUGUCAUCAUCACCCCGCUCCUCGAGACGCAAAUCCUGGCUCAAAUGGCAACUCCCAUUCUUCGCGCCAUCUACCUCAAGCAUCUUGACCAAGGCAAGGGGUGGCCUCGUUGGUGCCGCUUCAUGAUCAAAGACUGGCCAUGGGAAGACAGGCGGCAGGCACAUGAAGAGUUCGGCGAUGUCUUCAUCCUUGUAUCGACCGAAGGCAUGAUCUGCUACAGUGCAGAUGCAAACAUGAGCUGGGAUGUAUUAAAUCGGCGGUACGACUUCACCAAGCCAAGAGAUAAAUACAAAAUUCUGGAACUCCACGGUCCAAACGUUGCAACAGCUGAAGGUGCAGAAUACCGCUUCCAUGUACGUAUCACGGCGCCGCCCCUGGCAGACGGUAGCGGCGUGAACGAACUCGUCUGGAAUGAAACCAUGUAUCAGACCCGCACUCUCCUCUGUAAAUGGGAGGAAGAGCCGCCUAAUGAUCUCCAUGAAGACAUUAACGCUCUCACGCUCGCAGUCAUAUCGCUCGCUGGCUUCGGCAAGAAGCUUGAGGCUGUGAAGGAGCAGUCUCAGGAUAUUCCGUCGGGAUAUAGGAUCAGUUUCCUAAAAGCUAUCAGUGAUACUACUGCGUUCUUGUUUCCAAUUUUAGUGUUUCCAGCCUGGCUGUUGAAAAUUACGCCGCUCGCAAAAGCACAUAUUGCGCACACACAAUUGGACAAGUACCUUCGCGCUAUGAUCUGUAAAGAGCGGGUGGCCGCCGAGAGUAGAGGGAACGUGAAGUCUACAGGUCCUAAGGGAAAUCUUCUGCAGACGGUCCUUAAGUCGUCAUAUGACGUCGCGCAGGUAGAGAAGCAGAAGAAGGUGGGAGAGCAGAAGACAAGGAAAGAUGGUUUUACUGAUGAUGAAGUGCUGGGCAAUUUGUUCAUCUACCUAUUGGCCGGCUACGAAACCACUGCCAAUGCGAUUGCAUAUGGCCUAAUAGUGCUUGCCCUUGAGCCCGAAUUACAGAAACGCGUUGCGGCCGAAGUUGACAGCGUAUGGUCGCGUGCAGCAGCUCAAGGCCGCAGUGAACUUACUUAUGAAAAAGAUUUCUCCCAGCUACAAUAUAUGUAUGGCUUCAUGUACGAGACAUUCCGCCUCUACCCUGGCGUAACCCUUAUUACUAAAAUGUGCCACGCCGCGCAACCCGUUCAAGUUGGCACAACCACACACAUUCUCCCCCCAGGCUGCCGUGUCUAUCUCUCUGCCCCAGGCGUCCACUAUAACAGCAAGUAUUGGGAGAAUGCAACGGAGCUAAAACCAGAGAGGUGGUCCGAGGCAUACUCCCACAGCAAAGGGGACGCCAACACCACUCCAUUAAGUGGCCAUACCACCACCCCAAACCCCAAUGGCACGAAACCACAAGCCAAAUCCUCCACACUCGCCGCCGAUAAAACCCGCCAAAUGCGCGGCACCCUACUCACCUUCUCCGACGGCUCACGCGCCUGUCUUGGUCGAAAAUUCGCACAGGCGGAGUAUAUAGCGUUCUUCGCGGCGCUAUUGCAUAAGUUCGAACUGAGAUUUGCGGAAGGUGUGGAUCAGGUCCAGGCUAGGAAGGAUCUGGAUUGGAAGUGCGCGGGGAAGGUUACGCUUGCGCCGUUAGCCGGGUCGAGGAUAAAGCUUAUGAGGAGAGAGGGACGGUAG